UAGUUUAAUAGAAUUGUUAGAAUACGUAAAAACGAUUAAUUGAACAAAGAUAAAAUCGGCAAGAACAUUAAUUAAUUGGAAAGGAAGUAUCAGUUAUUUCGUUUAAUCAAUAAACAUCAUCCAUGCCUACCGCAACAAUUUUGACCGCCAUUUUAGUUUGUCCGCCUUGAUUUAAAGUUAUCGGGAAAGAAAGCAAUAGAUCUGUUGCUUUUAAAUUAUUGAUUAUUGCAAUAAGUUUGACCCAACAUUUCGCCUUAACCAGCGACAAGCGUGCAUACGAAAAUGUCUCAUACAAUACUACUUGUACAGCCUGGUCACAGACCUGAAACAAGGACAUAUUCGGAUUAUGAAAGCGUUAAUGAGUGCAUGGAAGGUGUUUGUAAAAUUUAUGAAGAACAUCUGAAAAGACGAAACCCAAAUACACCAACUAUUACCUAUGACAUCAGUCAGUUAUUUGAUUUUGUCGACCAAUUAACGGACUUAUCAUGUCUUGUAUACCAAAAAUCAACCAAUACAUAUGCCCCAUACAAUAAGGACUGGAUUAAAGAAAAAAUAUAUGUAUUACUGCGUAGAGCUGCAGGGCAUAACGAGUAAAUAAUACAUAAAAAUAGAUAUAUAUGUUUACAUGCAUAAGAUAAUUUUAAGUACACAAUACAACCUUAUUACCUUGUAAUAAAUGCAUAAGUUAUAUUAUUUUAA